GCCGAUGUGCGAGUCGAGCCGGGGAGGGGAGGCGGGUGGCAGGAGGUUUACAACAGUUUACGCCUCCAGGUCGGACCCGCGGUGCUGCAGAGGCUUCGCGUGUUCCUCGCCCGCGUCGUCGGCCGCCGUUGGGGGUCGCCCCCCGAGGGUUUGUUUACCCACGUCCUCACCUGUGGCUCCUCCUCACCUGGCCGGCGCGGACGUCGUUAUAAAUGAGUCUGCCGGGCGGCGGUUGAGCUUCCCGGCGCCGCUGUCUGGGAUUGAAGUACCGAGGGUGACUGCCGACGGCCGCCCAAGUGGACUGGCAGGCCCGCCAUGAAGACCUGCUGCUUCGGCCUGAGCCUGCGGGCUGGCUGCGUCACAGUCGGCCUCCUCAACCUGACCCCACUUAUCAUGGCAUUCGUUGGAAUACCUAUAAAAAUGAUGACAUCCAAGUUAAGCAAACCAACAAACACCACCUUGGUUGUCAUCAUGGUCCUAGUGACACUUAUAUACCUGCCAGCCAACAUUCUCCUGCUAAUUGGAGUUUCGGACAAAAAAUCGACGUUGCUUUUGAUCUGGCUGUUUGUGUACGCGUUGACAUGGACAGCAGAAGUUAUAUUCUUCAUAUACAAGAUAUCUCAGGGACUAGACACAGUUGAUAAGCUGUUUGUCCUUUUGGGACUCAUACUUAUUGCGAUCACGUCGCACAUGAUGGUGGUGGUGUACAGCCACUGCAAGGACCUGAAGAGGGACGAGGCGGAGGCGCGCUGCAAGUCGCGGCCGGCGCCCAGCCAGACCCACCUGCACAGACGGGUGUCGACCAACAGCGUGCGGCUGAAGCCGGUCGCCCACCCCGUCGACCUGCGGGAGCUCUCCUCUCCCGAGCAGGAGGUCUGACGUCCUCGUCUGCCUCUUUCACCGGUGCAUCCGAUUACAGCUCCUCAACCGACUCAGACGUGUAACACAUACUUUUAAAUACUCGUGUUCUUAUCAAACGUCCGUACAUUACUAGAGAAACAUUACUUGGACGACUGACUGUCACAAAGGGUUAAAAUGUGCUUGUCCCAUGCUCACACCUUCAUGGUUGACCACUUAAGAAUUUUCUUCUAAGGCACUUCUGUGUAACCUCUUAUGUACUGAGAAAGUGGUCAAGCACAUGCCUGAACAGCCAAUCCUCAGAAACACGUAACUACAAAGAUACACUUUGUUAAGUCUUCUUACAAGUCUAACGCAUACCUGAAGUGACAAAUAUGUGUUCUAUAUCUUAAGAUUACAUGCUUAUUAAUCUAUUAUAUGUCAAAAAUUUAUCACCUGUCCUUUUUAGAUGAAUAUUUUUAUUAAAUUCUUGUUAUGAGAAAAAAAAAACCUCUUGGCUUUAAAUGUACCACUAAGUGAUGAAAGGGAAUACCCGUAACAAACCAAAAUAUAAUAUGAGUUAUCAAAAUGUUAGUGUUAAAUAUAUUUAACAUCAAUCAUCUUUACAAUCUCUUAAGUUAAAGUUCAUGGUUUAGACAAUGCCUUUUAGAGUGAAUUAAUUGUAUUAUCCAUGUUACCUGCAAUAAGGUUGAAAUUUUUUAGCUGUGAAUAAAGCUGGAAUAAUUAAUAGAUAUGUUAUUUAUAUCUUCCAAUCUUAUAAAAUAGUGAUUUUAGAAAUAAAUGUAACUUAUUUGUGA